UCACCUGGUAUAAUUAUACAAUAGCGUACGUCACUUCCGUCGUGCCUGAACAGUCACGCGUUUUAUGAAUGAGAUCCACCAGGAUUAGUCGCUGUACUUCACAGACAGUUACAAACUCGGAGAAAGAAGUGUUUCAGUGGAAAUAUAUCAAACUUAAGCUGAAGAAGCCCUUCUCUUCCAAUAUUCCAGAGAAGAUGGGGGAAUUCAACACAGUCCAAAGGUUCCGCCUAAUAUUCAUACUACUUGUAAUACCCUGUUGGUCUUUAGCAUUGGGUCAGACAGAACAUACUUAUAUAGCUACUACUGGUAUAGCAUGUGUCCUCUGCCCUCCUGGAUACUUCCACAUAAAGGAUUGUGAUACUCCAAAUACAAUUGCGGUGUGCAGGCCAUGUCCAACAGGAACAUUUUCAAGAACUUACAACAGAGCUAUACAUUGCGCCGCCUGCAUGCCUCACUGCGAGUCGGAUGUCCUUGUCACGGUUCAGAAGUGUAACGCCACUAUGAACAUGGUGUGUGAUUGUCCCCCCGGAUUGAUUCUUGAAAACCCCAUGGACAAACACCAUGCUAAAUGUACGCCUUUUCAAGGCUGUGACGCAGGAUCCGGAGUGAUUGAGCAAGGUACUCAAGGUCAUGAGCCCGUUUGCGCAAAGUGUAGACCAGGCAUUACUUUUUCCCCGGAGGUAUCAUGGAAUGAACCUUGCUAUCCAUGCACGCAAUGCCCGAACAAUGACGUUUUGCAUGAAUGCAACGCAACACACGACAGCAUUUGUAAUUUCCCGAGACAAUCCUGGCGUGUGUAUGCCGUAAUACCUUCUAUAGUUAUUAACUGUUUGUUCAUGCUGCUGGCUUUAAUUAAAUUUGCAAUAGUAAUAUACAGACGACGGUUUAUAAAAAAGAGAGAUGAACCAACAAUUGAUGUAGAGGAACGCAGACCCUUGAAUGUAUCUAGCAACAGAAGCAGUGAUUCCGGUUUGGACAGGAGUUCUGUACAAAUAGAAAUGGAGCCGUUAGGUACUAACUGGGGACCUAUAUUCCAGAUGGUGUCCAGCCAUAUAACAGACAACUGGAAGGAUGUGAUACGGAGUCUGUUUCAUGCCAUAGACGUUGACGAAUGUGAUACAAUCAUUCAGGAAAAUCAAAAUAACAACCUACCUGAAACGGAACAGAUUUACCAGUGCCUUUCAAAAUGGCAACAACAAAGAAGAUCUCAUUCGACAGACGUCCUUGUCCAAAUCCUAACCGAGAACUCCUACCAUAAUCUCGUGCGAACAUUGCAAACUGAUUUUCAGUCGGAAUUCACGACAAAUCCGGACACAACCUGAAAAAAGCAAUCCUUCGAUUUGGUCAACGGAAUUCUGAACAGCAGGAUGAUUUGUCCCCAAUUUCACGUGAUCUUUUGAUGGUCGGGUUGAACUGUGGAUAACGCAACCGCCUUUGAACGAGUCGACCGGGGUUUGAUUUCCCGAUCGGACGUGAAAAGAUAUGGGUCACCUGCUCGACCACGUGGUUACUGCCGGUUGCUCCAAUUACAUUUCACCUAAAGACACCAUUUGCGCUUUCGACCGGAUCAACAAGAGUGCUUGAUGUAUAUAGGUUGAUCUUACUUGGGUUUUUUGAUUGUUGAAAGAAUCAUAAACAUACGUUGUAAUAAUUAAAAAAUAAAUUAACAAGAGUGUGUCAUUUGAUGAGAUUUAAAAUUGUGAUACGCUCGACAAACUGUAUGUCGUAACGGAUUUAACAUUUGUUUUAUUGUAAUAUGAGUAGUUACAGACAGUAAACAGCUUGUAUUAAGUACCUUGCGAUCAUGAUGAGGAUCGGUAGUAUGUAGCAUUUGUUGUUACAGGCAUCGUGUCAUAUAUGUAAGAGUGAAUCACUGCACAAAACAAAUCUGGAUUAUUUUGCUUGUUCAAUAUUAAAAUUGAUAUCGGUUUCAUCGGAAUAUUUCA